GAUCCUUCCAGAGAACAGCAGGUACCUGUGCGGGUGAACAAUUCAACAAUAAACAGCCUGGCUUUAGCAACAGCAAAGACGGUAUAUCCAACUCAGAUCUCCAGCAUAUUCCUGGACAGUUCUCUUUUGCUGUUUUUGCACCUGUCCGUUCUUCCUGGUCCAGCAUGUAUUCAGUUGAGCUUAUGAAUUAACAUCUUGCGGACAGGUAAGAGACCAUCGCACGCCUGUUGGAUGCUGUAAACGGCCAUCUUCUGAGCUACUUCUUUCGUAACACAAAAAGGCCUCUUUUGUCAUAACACAAAAAGGCCUCUUCGGUUGUGCUCUUGCCAUAUGCUUCCCAUAAAGAGACUUGAUUCUGCAGAGGAGCCCAUAAAAAUCUGUUCUUCAGGUCCCAUACAUUGUCGGAAUAUCUUCGGAGGUUUUAUCGGUCGAACUUGGUCUUUCGGGGAAGAAACCCGCACUUUUGUCCCUGCUUUGAAGAUUGAACCUUGAAUUUUCACCUUUGUCACUUAAAGACUUACUGUCUUUGGGUUGCUACCACCCCAUAAUCUGGGUUACCCAGAAAGCAGUGGAGGAAGAGGUGUCCUGUGGGCGGUAGAUAAGGACCACCCACAAUGUCCUCUGCAGGGCUAGAGAUCUUGGCCAUGGGCCUGUGCAUUUUGGGAUGGUUGGGGAGCAUUAUCUCAUGCGCCAUGCCCAUGUGGAAGGUCACUGCUUUCAUUGGGAACAACAUUGUUGUGGCGCAAAUCAUCUGGGAGGGACUUUGGAUGAACUGUAUUGUGCAGAGCACUGGCCAGAUGCAGUGUAAGAUCUAUGACUCCAUGUUGUCCCUGCCUCAAGAUCUCCAAGCUGCCCGGGCCCUCAUGGUUAUUUCAGUGCUUCUGGCCAUCUGGGCCCUGUUGGUGGGCGUUGUGGGGGCCAAAUGCACCAACUGUGUAGAUGAUGAAGGUGCCAAGGCCCGCAUCGUCAUCACCUCCGGAUCACUCUUCAUCGUCUCAGGGCUCCUCAUCCUCAUCCCUGUGUGUUGGUCAGCCAACUCUAUCAUCCGUGACUUCUACAACCCGCUGGUGGCCGAAUCCCUCAAGAGGGAGCUGGGAGCUGCUCUCUAUGUCGGCUGGGCAGCUUCUGCGCUGCUUCUCCUUGGGGGCUCUCUGCUGUGCUGUUCCUGCCCACCACGAGAGGACCGCUACCCACCGCCACGUAUUGGGUAUUCUGCCCCAGCCAGAUCCACUGCGCCACCAGGCAGUGGGAUUGACAAGCGGGACUAUGUAUGAGCAGGUGUGGUGGUGGAGGUGGACUUGCUAGAUGUUGCCAGGCCCAAACCCUGACAGGAGUUGGUGGCACAAGGACUUUUUAUGGUGGAAAACUGGGGCAAGGCUGAUUGGUCGGGGUUGGGCUGUGAUAUCUGGCAAUUUUGGAAUGUGUGUGUGUGAGAGCAUGCGCGUGUGCAAGUGCAUGUGUGAGUGGGAAAACAUGAACAAAGAGAUACACGAAAGAAUGAGCAAACAGUUAUGAAAGAGAUGAGUGCAGCAGCGCAUAGGAAGGAAAUGCCAAAGCAAAAGGUGCAGAGGUUGGUCGAAUGAAAAGAGGAAGAUGGGCUGAGAAGUUAACGGCUGAGUAAGACCACAGUUGUGGGAAUGGGAAGUGUGAAGGCAGAUGAGUGAGGAUGGAACCGCACCAGUGGACAACCAAAUAAAAGCAAGAACAGACUGAGGAGCGGCAGGUGAAAAUAUGAGAGAAAUCAACACAUGGAAAACUGACUGCUUUAGUCACACAACUGUGCCCUGAGGAUGUAUGGUGGAAUUCUGUUCCUUCUCCCCCCAAGAACGAAAGACUGCACAAAUGUGAGGGGAAAUGGGAAAGGCAAAGAACGAGGGAAUGAAUAAGGAACAGAAGGCACGGGAUGCAGUGAAUCAAAGGGAAGGCAAACCAAGCCAAGCACUGACGUAAAGAACAUAUGAGGGCAUGGAAAUUGUAGGGAAAUGGGAGAGUCAGUCACAAAGGAAAGUGUAUGGCCUGCUUUCAGAAUGGCAGAGAGGAGGAGGGCUGGCUUGGCAAGCAGUCAGGGGAACGUGGCAGGAGACCCUGACCCUGCCUUACUUUCAGACUGGCGCUGUUUGCUCACUGGUUAAUAAUUUGUUAAAGAUUUGGUUAUUCCUAGGGGCCCAGACAAACAGAAGGGGCUGCUAGCCCCCUACCUCUCUCUAUCCAUCUAUUGCAACCUGCUUCAGCCAGUGUCAAGACAAAAUGGAUCCCUCUCACAAGCACACACAUACAUACACAAUAUCACCAGACCUCACUUCCCUCACAUGGCUGGCACCAGAACCCAGCCACUCCCCACAUUCUUUGGUACAGAGGAUGGAUUUAGGGGAGUGGGGGAGACACAUAGGGUCCUCACCCCAGCUCUGGGGUGUGUGCUUUUCUUCAGAGGCUUCCCAAUAAAAGAGAAGAGGGGUGGCUCUAUGAGCUGAUUCUUGACUGGAAUAAGAAGGGGUCACUAGCAGGGGUCACUCUUCUUGUGGUCCUAUUCCCUGCCCAGCUUUGUGUUGUCUUCCUCAAAACCGUGUUAUUCAGAUAAAAC